CCUGAAACAACGUCUCAGACCAGACAGACCACGCAGCCUCAUAGUUACUCAACUCGCAAGCGCCCAUAUUCGCUUUUGGUCUUUCUCGUACUCUUCUUUUGCUGUUGCUGUUACCGCCUGAAGGACUCGAGUCUUUCUCUCGUCAGAGUUUGUUCCUGUGCACCUCAUGAUUCACGUGCCGUGGAUUCUCUGAGUGUAUCAUUGGCUCUGUGGGUUCAAAAGAUUUUUCUUUCUGGAAGAAGGACGACAAAGGGGGGAUUUUGAACAGUGUGUAGGACUAAAGCUUGGGUUUUUGCGGAAUCUUGGAAAAUAGAUGACAAUGGAUCAGGGUCUUCGGGGCUUUACCGAUUCCAGAAGUGAACAGCGAUUGGGAAAUCGAUCUGUACCAAUUCUGAAGCAGAAUCAGAGUUUUGAAAAUGCCUUCUUUGAUCGUAGAAGGGAAUUUCAUUUCCCGCAAUCUGAUCAAUUACCGGUUAAUACGCCUUCUUCCUCUACCGUAACCCUUGAGGAGCAUUCUCCAGAAGACUGUGAUUUCUCCGAUGCUGUUUUGAGUUACAUAAAUCAGAUCCUUAUGGAAGAAGACAUGGAAGAUAAGACGUGCAUGCUUCAGGAUUCUCUGGAUCUUCAAGCAGCUGAGAAAUCAUUCUAUGAAGCAUUGGGUGAAAAAUAUCCACCUUCACCAGCACAAAAUCAUCCGAGUCAUAUGAUCAAUGAAAAUGGUGGGGGCAUGGGAAAUAAUUUCCCCAGAAAUUACAGUGAUUGUCACAGUAAUAACAAUGGUAAUUCCAACGGAACUUCCAUUCAUCAUUCCUUGGCUCAAAACCGUAAUGAGUUUCCCUCGCAACUUAUCCUAGGUAGUAGCAUUUCCCAGUCGUCUUACAGCUCUUCAAGCAGUGUUGUGGAAGGGCCUGUGGAUUCUCCGAGCAGCAUUCUUCAAGUUCCGGAUCUGAACAGCGAGAGCCAAUCCAUUUCACAAUUUAAAAAAGGUGUCGAGGAGGCUAGUAGGUUUCUUCCAAAUGGAAACAAGCUUUUUGCUGAUUUAGGUGUGUGUGAUCUAUCACCAGAAGAACCAAAAGCAGGGACUCAUGAAAUAUCAGCAAAAGUGGAGAAAGAUGAAAGGGACUAUUUUCAUGGUGGGUCGAAGGUAAGAAAGCAGCCACACAGGGGAGAGGAAGAUGGUGAAGAAAAGAGUAGCAAGCAAGCAGCAGUUUAUACAGAACCAACGUUGCGUUCAGUGAUGUUUGAUCUAGUGCUUCUUUACACUGCUGGGGAAGGUAGGAACCAUUACAUGGCCCGCCGUGAAGCGUUGCAGAACAAGACUACCAAGGCAGGGGUGCCAAAUGGUCAAGCCAAAGCUUCAAACGCUGGGAAGGGGCGUGGGAAGAAACAAAAUGGGAGAAAGGCAGUGGUGGAUUUGAGAACACUUCUGGUUCUGUGUGCACAAGCUGUUGCAGCAGAUGAUUACAAGAAUGCACAAGAGUUAUUAAAGCAAAUCAGGCAGCACUCAAAUCCUUUCGGUGAUGGAAAUCAAAGGCUGGCACAUGUCUUUGCUGAUGGACUUGAUGCACGCUUGGCCGGCACUGGGAGCCAGAUUUAUAAAGGACUUGUCAAUAAGAAAAGGUCAGCCGCUGAUCUACUGAAAGCCUAUCAUCUCUACCUGGCUGCAUGCCCUUUUAGGAAGAUAUCUAAUUUUUUGUCAAACGUCACAAUAAGGACAGCAUCAGAGAAUACAACGAGGGUCCAUAUUAUAGAUUUUGGUAUUCAUUAUGGUUUCCAGUGGCCAACUUUCAUACAGAGAUUGGCAAUGAGAUCAGGAGGACACCCGCCAAAAAUUCGAAUCUCGGGAAUAGACUUCCCACAACCUGGUUUCAGGCCAGCUGAGAGAAUAGAAGAAACAGGAAGGCGGUUAGCAGAUUAUGCAAAAGCUUUCAAUGUUCCAUUUGAGUACGUUGCCAUAGCAAAGAAAUGGGAAACUAUUCAGCUGGAGGAACUCAAGGUUGAUAGGGACGAGUUCCUGGUUGUUAACUGUUUAUAUACGGCAAAGAACCUGCUGGAUGAAUCUGUAGCUGUGGACAGUCCAAGGAAUGCAUUCCUGAAUCUGGUGAGGAAGAUCAACCCGGACAUAUUCAUUCACGGGAUCAUCAACGGGGCAUUCAAUGCUCCUUUCUUCGUUACCAGGUUCAGGGAAGCAUUGUUUCACUACUCAUCACUGUUUGACAUGUUGGAAACUAUAGUGCCUCGAGAGGACUGGGAGAGAAUGCUGAUCGAGAAGGAGAUAUUUGGGAGAGAAGCAUUGAACGUGAUAGCGUGCGAGGGAAUCGAGAGAACAGAGAGACCAGAGACAUAUAAGCAGUGGCAAGCUCGUGUUCUCAGGGCAGGUUUUACACAGAUUCCUUUUUCGCGGAGCCUAGUGGAGAGGGCCAUGGAUAAAGUAAGGAGUAGCUACCACAAGGAUUUUCUCAUUGAUGAAGACAGCAAGUGGUUGUUACAAGGUUGGAAAGGACGAAUCAUCUAUGCACUUUCUUGUUGGAGGCCUGCCUCAGCCUGACAAAUUCGGAUAGUCUUAGGUUAUAUGACUGAAUUUGACAAAAUAUGCGGAGAGAUCAUCGAGGGAGUUUGUAAUUGGAGUAGCCCAUUCAAUGAAGAUGUCACUCGGUGAUUUUCAUCUCGCAAAAUCAAAUCUAGGUUUCUGAUGCUUGCUACGAAAUUAAGCUUCGUUCUAUUUAGCAUACGUUUAUAGUUCACAGAAAAGUAUUGUCUGGAAAAAAAAAUUGGAGAAUAUAUGUAGAAAGAAAAUGAAAUAAAUGCAUUAUCAUUUUUUUUUUUCACAAAA